UUACUUUAGGGUUUAUAGUUCGCGAUGGGGAAGAGGAAGCAUGGCGAUGCCGAUUCCUCGCAAGCGCUGGAUUCCGGCUCCUCUGGUCGCAAGUACACUGUGAGCUUGGCCGUAUCUGGAUCGAUCAUCAACAAUGCGCAGUCGCUAGAGCUCGCCACACGGCUCGCGGGGCAAAUCGCGAGAGCUGCCACGAUAUUUCGAAUCGAUGAGAUCGUUGUCUUCGACGAUGGAGAGAGCUCCGCGAGCUCGUUCCAGCGGACCGGAUGGGGAAGAGAGACGGGUGAGGCGAGUGGUGGCGAGUUUCUUGCUCGAGUUCUUCGCUACUUGGAGGUUCCUCAGUACUUGCGGCGAGCGCUCGUUCCAAUGCACAAGAGCCUCCGAUAUGCGGGACAAUUGCCGCCGCUGGAUUCACCUCAUCAUCUCCGAAAGCAAGCAUGGUUGCCAUUCCGAGAAGGAGUUGCUUUGGACAAAAGCUUCGAGAAGAGUCGUGGCAAUGGAUGUUAUGCUGAUGUUGGGCUUGGCCAGGAUGUUUUGAUUCAGGAGACUGUAAAUGCAGGCACCAGGAUUACUGUCGCUAUGGGAUCUACUGACAAAAAUCUGAAGCGAGGAAAGAAAUUGUCCGUCGUCCCUUCCAGCACACCGAGAGAGAGUGCUGGUCUGUACUGGGGCUAUACAGUUCGUGUCGUGGAUCGCCUGACUAAAGCUUUCUCCGAUUCGUCUUUCGAGGAAGGCUACGACUACACCAUUGGUACGUCAGAGCACGGAGAGAAAGUCCUGACUAGCGAUCUUCGCGUUCCUAGUUUUAGGCAUGCGCUUAUCGUGUUCGGAGGUCCAGCUGGUCUAGAGGAGAGCCUGGAGCUUGACGGAUCAUCCGCGGUGGAAGACGUGAGAGAGCUAUUCACGAGGUACCUAAACACUUGUCCUCUGCAAGGAUCAAGAACUAUACGCACCGAGCCAUUUUCAUUUCUCUGCAGUUCUUGCAAGAACCACUUCUGCGAGCCGUCAACCUUUGAUUUUCAUCCACUGCAAAGGAGAAUGUCAAAAUGCGGCGCACGAAAUGCAACUCACUCGCGAUCUUUGCUUCCUGCCUUAGCAACUCAAAAUGCUGCUGAAAAUGUGGCCCAGUGGGAGUUCCAUACAAUAGGGAACUCUUCUCUUUCAGGACGGCAUACAGCUCCUUUACAACUUAAUGGUGGACGUGGAGUUGAAGACUCUUGCUGUGCAACAGCGUCAGCAAGACCAUCCCUUUUGUGGCCGUGACGACUAAAGCGUCCAAUCAAGACGCUGUCACUCCGUCCGUGAUCAGCUGCUCAGAAGGGGUGGAAGGCGAGCAGCUAGAUCGUAGUGUUGUCUCGUACAGCAAGAAUGUGCUCAGUCCGUGAUCAGCUGCUCAGAAGGGGAUGUAACUCCUCCUUUGUUUCUGGACGAGUCUUCCGCAUUCGAAGAGCACUUGGAGCAGCAAGAAGAUUUGGAAGAAACACCACGGGCUGGUUUUGAAGAAAAGCCAUUUCGUCAAUCCACGGCCAGCUGCUGGUGUAUUGUUUCUGGACGAGUCCUCGAAGAAGAGCAUUUGGAGCAGCAAGAAUGUGCUGAUUUUGAAGAGGUGUCGGUGCUGCAUGGGCUCGUUUGGAAGAAGAUAAAGCGGGACAGGGGGGUCACAAGCUCGCCUGCCAAGUUUAACAAGCAUGAAGCCAGAGUCGAGGUUUGUGGCUCGUCGUCUUUUGCAGCGCCAACAGCAGCAGCAAUAGCAGCAGUGAGAGCAGCCGCACCACUUGAAACAGCCGUAACACAAAUGGUACAAACUUUAGAAUCGGGCGACUUGGUGACACCCUGGUAACUUUACGGACGCUUCAAAGAAUAUCCAUGCAAUCCUGAUCGCAGUAUCAGCUCCAA